GUAAUCCAAAGCUAUGGCGGGGGAGUCGAAUCCAAGGCCACCGGCGAGGCCGCCAGCGCCCCCGUUGCUCUUCCAAUUCCCGACGCUCAGCCCGCAGCCCAUCUGGUCGAUUCACGCCCAGGGGCAACAGCAGCAGCGGCAGCAAAUGGCCGCUCCACCGAUGAUGCUGCCGCAUCCACAAUCGCUGGAGUUCCAGCAAAUGCCGCAGCAGCGCUUCAUCGCGAUCCCACCGCAGCAGCAGCAGCAGCAGCGGUAUCAUCUCCAGCAGCAGCAGCAGCAAGGUGGGUUUCGUGGAAACCUAAAUUUUCAGAGACCAUCUCCAGCCCCCGACUUGAACAGCCCGGCCUCGCCGGCCCAGCUCGGAUUCUAUGCCCGACACCACCAAAAAUCGCAGCACAUGGUCUUCCUCGAGCGCGCCGGAGCUCUCGUGGAUCAAACGACGUUCUUGAAAGAAACAUCGCCUUUGGCGCCUGUUCUUCCGCCUCCUCCGCCUCCUCCUCCUCGAGCUCAGUGCCAGCAGCUCCAGCAGCCGCUCGAUCUUUCCAAGCGCCAUUUCUCCUCCAAGAACGAGGCGAGACAGGCAAAGAAAUCAAAGAGAAUGGAAAUGCCGGCUGUGCAAACUCCGCCGCCGCCGCAAAGAUCGAGCCCCUUCGGUAGAGAGGACCUGGAGCAGCCGGAAUCGAGAGUUUAUCCGGCUCCACUCGCGGAUCAUCGAGAAGUUGUCGCGGACGAGAAGCUCUUUCUCAGCACGCUCUCGAAGUUUUACGAAGCCAUGGGUGGAACUCCACUCCGGCUUCCUCGCUUCCAUGGCAAAGACUUUGAGAUCCAUCGGCUGUAUUGCGAGGUCUCGGAGCAAGGAGGCAUGCUUAAGGUUAUCAGGGAGAAGAAAUGGAAAGAUAUCGCCACAGCAUUUGAUCUUCCUCGAAACGUGACGAACCCCGUGUUUUUCCUGCGUAAAAACUACGAGACGUUUCUUCAUCACUACGAGCAAGUGUAUUUUCACAGAAAAACUGGAGCACACAUUCCACCACCCGGACCUUUGCCAAUGCCAGCUCCAGUUUCAGAAAACAUCAAAGACCAUGACUCGAAUAACGAUAGUAGCAAAUUGAAUCAAACUCCAGCAAAUCCAGCAUCUUCACUCGGCCAUACUGUAACCGGAGCCAUCGAAGGAAAGUUCGAGCAUGGAUACUUCGUCACAGUCGUGGUUGGAUCAGAGAAACUACGAGGUGUGAUCUACAGUGUUCCUCAAAGUCUGGCCGAAGCACAGGAGCAAUUCGCAGAUGUAGAGAGCAACACUGCCGAGAAUCCGCAGUUGCUGGAUCCGCCCGACAAAAAAGCUGGUAACAUAAAAGCUCGUCCUCCGAAGAAGGAGAAACGAAAGCGAAGGGUGGAGGGAAUCAAAUCGGUGAGGAAUGGAUACAACUUCUUCGUCGGGGAGCAAAGACAGAAACUCAAAGGCGGAGGAGGACGAGAUGAAAUGAGUAAGAUCAUCGGGGAUCUCUGGUCCAAACUCUCGGAGGAAGAGAAAGAGCCUUACAGGGAGAUGAGCAAGAGGGACAAAGAACGAUUCAGCCGAGAAGUGGAAGAAAAGAAGCAGCGAGAACUUCGCGCUUCAGAGGGUCAUUUGGAUUCGGGUCUGGAAGACGACGGUGGCGACGACGACGACGAAGACGAUGACGAAAAGCAAGCUAGGAGCGAAAAUACGGUCGAAAGAUACAACGUUCAGCUCAACACGAACGAGCAGCAAAUCGAGAACUUUGCUCCAAACUAUUUGGAGCAUCCGAUCGAUUUCACUCAGCACCAACAAGCCGAUUUUACUCCAAACCAUUUGCACUAUCAACAAGCUCGUGUACAGGAGACGUAAGAUUGGAUAGAAAACUCACAGGAAACUCUAACUAGUUUUGUUCUACCUUUUUUUGAAGCUUAUGUCCGUCGUGUUUAUUUUUCUCUUGUUCCUGUAAGUCAACUUCUUUGUUUCAUCCA